AUGUUAUACUCAGAUUUGGAUAUUGUGGAGUCUGACCAGAACUUCAGACAAGGAGAUAUGCAGGAACUCUUGACAACCAAUCCUCAUGACUACAAACGCUGCAAGUUGGUACUACAACAACAUAAUUAUGGACAUGCCAUUCCCUUUGAUGAGCCAACUCUGCCCAUUAUAAUCAAUGGCCGGGACAAUCUCUGCAGGGCUUUUCCUGGGGAGACAGUGUGUGUGAAGAUAUUAAGCAGAGAGGAAGACAUGAGGACUGGGAGGGUAGUGGGAGUGAUGGAUAGAGGGGAGACUCUCCCUUCCUUCAUCUGCAAGAUGGUGGAGGGCGAUCCUAGCUUGAUGAGCCCAAUCAGAAAAGCCAUGACAAGGAUACGCGUGCUUAGGCCAAAAAAAAAAAUAAAGACCCUCAACUCUGUAGAAACUUGUGAGCUUGAUCAAGGACAAUGGGUUCGAAAGGAGGUUCUUGAGGCAAACCCAACUGACCUCUUUCUUGUCAAUGUUCUGAAAUGGGAAGAUAAAAGUUAUUAUCCUCUUGGAGUGGUUACCCAAGUCCUGCCACUAGAUGGAAAGGGACUGAAGGCUGCACUAGACACUGAGUAUGGCCUUAAAGAGAGGCCUCCAUCCUUCAAACCAGAGGAAACAAAAACUGACUCCACUAAGAGGGAGGAUUUCUGUGAUUGCCUUACCUUUACCAUCGACCCCUCAGGAGCUGAGGACCUAGAUGAUGCCAUUAGCGUGACUGACCAGGGAGAAACCUUUCAGAUCGCAGUUCAUGUCACAGAUGUGGCAAGUUUGGUUCCCAAAGACAGUGAAGUCGAUCAAUUUGCCAGAAAUCAAGGAGAGACAUUUUACAAAGAUAAACCAGCCUACAUGAUUGACCAAGAUCUUAGCUACAAUUAUUUAAGUUUACGUUAUGGACAAAGACGCAACGCUAUAUCCCUGGUAGUAUCUGUAAAUAAGCAAACAAACGAAAUAGUGGAGAGUCCUUUUGCUCUAUCCCAUAUAAAAUCAGAUUAUAAGCUGUCCUACCAAGAUGCAGAGAAAAUCAUUCAAGGACACCUUUCCAGAGAGACUGAGCCUCUUAGAUUCUCAUCUGUUGAGGACUGCGUGAUUGUGGCUUAUCGUUUCUCCGAGAUGCACAGAAAGGCCAGGCUGGCCGGAGGCAUGAGUCGAGUACAACACAACAAUGACAGGUCACACCACAUGGUGGAGGAACUCAUGAACAUGUACAACAGUGCGGUGGCUGACUAUCUCAUCGCUUCUCCCUUGACUCGAGACCUCACCCCACUGAGGUGCCACGGUCCACCUGACCCUGAUCGUCUUCUCGUGUUUAAACAGAAACAUCAGGCUUUAAUACCCCUCUCUCCUUUCCUGUCCCAAGCCAUUCCCACAGAAGAAUCGUAUCACGAGAUGUGUACUGGAAAUCUGGAGGAACCAGAAGAGACCAUAGACGAUGAUGAGGAGGAGGAUUAUCAAGAUGCAAGAGAAGAUCAAGAUGCAAGUGAAGAAGAUAGUGUUGAGAGUCACCAGGGAGAAAAUGACGAGAGCGAUCAAAAGCACAGUGAUGAAAGUGACCAAGAGGACUUGGUUCAUAGUGCAAGUUUUGACACGAAGAGCCAUCCCUCCCUUCCAGAGGAGUUUGAGGUCUUUAAUGCUGUUCUGAAGAAUCUGGAGACAGCAACAGAGAACAGAGACCACCUCACUCUAGUGCAGCUGAUGGCCUCUGAUGACAUCCACCCAACUCUGAUACCUAUGGUGAGAGAUUUCAGAGAAAUGCUCAGCCCAGCUAUAAUGCUGCGAUCCUGCUCCACGUUGAAAUCCAGGAUGGGCCACUUUGACCUGCAGCUGGAUUCUUACACCAGGGCAUCCGCCCCCAUGAGGCGCUAUUUUGACAUCAUCCUGCAGAGGCUUUUGCACUAUGUCCUUCAUGGAGAGACUCGAGAUGCAAGCUACACACAGGCUGAGAUUGACCAGCUUUGUGCUAUGAAUGACUGUGACCAGGCCUCAGAGUACAUCCUAGAUGAGCAAAUGCUAACUCAGCUAAACAAACAGCAUGAGGUACACAUGGCUGUUGUUGACAAACUUGACCCAAACGGGCAUGAUUUCUGGAUAUGUUUUCCUCUAAAACCAUUAUUAGAGGAUCUUUCCAUAAUGUACCGGCAUUUAAAAGUGGUGGAUCAGCCCAAGUACAAUGAGCUGCGCCAUACCAUAACACUACACUGGAAGAAAAGAGUGUACUCCUUCACAAAUACAGAAAAGAAUCCAGCAAAGACGCUGGGCAGCAAAUACAGCACUUGCAUUGCUAUGGGUACCUGGCAAAAGAUGAUGAGUGCUGUGCAAAAUCAGAAUUGGGAUGAAACUGCACAGUGUCUGCAGGACAUCAGGUCAGUUCCAGUGGAUGUUGAAAGGGAGGGAAACGAUGAUGAAACGGAUAAACUCCACUUCAAACAGUUCACUCUGGAACUCAGGUUGGGGAAGGUCCUUCCAGUGCAAAUUGGAAUGGGCCCAGGUCGAACCCCUGAGGUACACCUGAUGAAUAUUAGCCCAGAGUUUGAGGUCUGUUUGGAGCACUCAAAAAGGCCCACCACGUGCUUCUCAAAAUUGGCGCUUUCUCCAUCAAAGUCAGAAUAUGAAGACUACAAGGAGUACCAAGAGGUAUGGGGGCGUCUUUGUAAAAUGGAUACUGCUCACAAUGCUUUAGAGGAAAACAACAGUAUAAUAUUGGAGGGUGUUGAAUUAACAUGGACAGUGAAAAAAGAUGACCUGAAAGGGUAUUUCCGUGUCUCGCAGACACAGAAAAAGCAGUGGAAAUUAGAGUUUGACCUCACAAACUGUUUCCUGUGCAUCCGACUCCGGGACCAGCAUGCAGAUGAGGAGACUGAAGGGAGCAAUGGCGAGACAUUAAAGGACCUUCCUCUGCCAGAUCCACUGCCUUUUACAUGGGUAGCCCAUGGAGUGGCCUCUAGACCCAAAAAGAAAAAAAAGGAUGAUCCAAAGCCGCCUUACAUUCAAGUUAAUUUUUACAUCAAUCAUCACUCUAUGAACUACACCCCACCACAGGUCUUUUUCAAACAUACACAAUUCACUGUGGAGGUGAUUCCCAAAAAAAUCCCUUAUGUACUUCGAGAACAUGCAGUUACCAAGUUGAAACGCGCUAAUCAGCUGGUAAAAAGCAUUGCUGUUGGCAAUUCAACCAUCCACUCCAGUAAUGUCAAAUCAGUGGCAGCUACAAGUAGCAAGACUCUUGCCACCGAAGGUAAAAAGCUGGGCCUGCCCACCCUGAACACCAGCCAGGAGGAUGCAGUUAAGCAGGCACUACAGAGGCAAUUCACGGUGAUCCAAGGCCCACCAGGGACUGGAAAAACUGUGGUUGGAAUCCACAUAGUUUUUCAAUUUUUCCGGAAGAACCAACAAGUUGACAGAUCCACCUCAGCCUCAACGUUUAAACUAAACAAGGACACCAGUAAGAGCCCACCGAAGAAACGGGCGAUUCUAUACUGUGGGCCCUCCAACAAGUCAGUGGACAUUGUUGCCGAGCAGCUCCUGAAGUUGCACAGGAAGGGGGUACUGAAACCGAUGCGGGUCUACAGUGAGCAGAUGGAGACUCUGGAGUUUCCGUACCCGGGCAGUGAACUGAAGCUGUGCAAGCAAUCCCUUCGAGAUGAGAAGCCCAAAGGGGAACUCAGGCCGAUCUCUCUGGUGCAUCAGAUAAGAGAAACCUCAAAUCCAUUUUCAGAAGAAAUCAAAACAUUUGAUGAGAAUAUCAAAAAAGGUUUGCUCAUGGAGAGUGACCUUGAGAGAUAUAAAGACAUCCAAAAGCAGGCUAAACUGCAUGAGUUGCGUAAGCAGGAUGUCAUCCUAUGCACCUGUGCAGCUGCCUUGAACCCGAACUUCAUAGAGGCUAUGGAUUUCCGUCAGAUUCUCAUAGACGAGUGUGCCAUGGCAACAGAGCCCGAGGCCUUCAUGCCACUGGUUUCUCACAAACCAGAACAGAUUGUUCUGCUAGGUGAUCAUAAGCAGCUACGGCCUAUUGUAGAAUGUGCUGCUGUUAAAGAAAUGGGUAUGAAGCGAUCCUUGUUGGAGCGAUACAUGGAAAAAGCAUUGAUGUUGGACACACAGUACAGAAUGCAUGAGGCCAUCUGUGCCUUUCCCUCAGCUAUGUUUUAUGAGGGUCGUCUAAAGACAGGAGCAAAAAGGGAACAGUGCUACCUGCUAAAAGAAAACCUGAAAGCAACGGCCAUCGUGUUUGGCCAUAUCCAGGCGACAGAAGAUAGUCUGAUUGUCUCAACUACCACUGGGAAUGAAAACUCAAAAGCCAACCUAGAGGAAGCUGCACAAGCAGUUCAGGUAGCUAGACUCCUGAUAGAAGACUCAAAGGUUUUACCAGAGAAUAUUGCCAUUCUUACACCAUACAAUGCACAGGUGUCCCAAAUCAAUAAAAAGCUAAAAGAGAGUGACAUCGAAAAUGUGACUGUAUGUACCAUCUCGAAGAGCCAAGGGAGUGAGUGGCCGUAUGUCAUCCUCUCUACGGUGCGUUCCUGUAAGCCUUCCGAGCUGCAGGCUCGUCCCAGCUACAGCAAAGCCUGGCAGGGAAAACACCUGGGCUUCAUCACUGACCCCAACCAGGUGAACGUGGCCAUCACGCGGGCUCAGGACGGCCUGUGCAUUCUGGGUAACCGUGACCUUCUACGAUGCAAUGAGCUCUGGGCUGACCUCCUGGCACAUUAUGAAGAGAAGGGCUGUGUGGUGGACCCUGCCAAAAACAUCAAGGUGCUUCAGAGGCCAAGUCAACACCAAAGAUAAAAAGAUGUGCAUCAAUGACUGUCAAAAGCAUGGACAGCGUACACUCAUUUAAA